AUGGCAGGAAGAGAUAAAAAUAAAGGCGUCAAAAAGUCAAUACUAGGACGCUUACUAGCCUCAAAUAUAACAAAAUUAAUGAGUCCUAACAACAAAACACAAAUGAAUGGAAUUGAUACAUGUAAAACUAGGUCUCUUUUGGAGAGGAAUAAUAUCGACGAGUUUGUGGCGAAUAUGAUGGCCACCAAAGAUUUACAUAAAGACCAGAAGAUAUUUACUCAACCAAAGCUCAACGAAUUUACCAUAGAUUGUCAGCAUUCAAGACGGUCAACCUAUCCGAUAGUUCCUAUUCCCAAACGUCCAAUAAUUUACAGUAGAAAUGACCAUAUAUCUCACUCAAAUGGUAAUGAUUUCACAUCAGAGUCCUCACUAACAUCAUCAGUACAAUCAAUCCCUACACAUGUUACAGAUAUACCCACAGAUUCGGAGAUGAUUGAUGUGAAGGACGAUUCAUUACCCAGAUUUUCGGAUUAUGACGAUACAGAUUCGGAAAAAUUACAUUCUGAGACUGAAACAUCUUCAUCUUCUGUGCCAGAAGAUGAAGCUUCGUUACAAAAUAAAAAUAAAAAAGAGCUAGCUAUUGACAAUUUGCACAACUUUGAUUACAUUAAGGACACAAAUAUUGGCGACAUUCACAUGAUAAAAUAUUGCAUUGAACUAAAAAAUCGCAUCAAAACUCUCAGAUCAAAUUACGUUAUUAUGCAGUUAAAUAGUAAGAAACUUGACGAAAUUGAGCUGGAGGGAUUCUACGAGUGGCGUAGGGUAUUGUCCAAAAUUGAGGAAAGAGAGAAUUUGGUAAUGACUCCAUAUGAAAAAAACAUAGAAUAUUGGCGCCAAUUAUGGCGAGUUGUAGAACGUGGCCACCUCAUUUGCAUUGUAAUUGAUGCCCGAGAUCCCCUAUUCUACCGCACACUAGACCUGGAAUACUACAUCAAACAAGUAGACAGAAGAAAGGAUAUUCUGCUCAUUUUGAAUAAGUCAGAUUUUUUGACUAAAAAGCAAAGAUUCUUGUGGGCAAGUUACUUCAAGAAAUUAAAUGUUAACUUUGUAUUUUUUUCCGCCUUCCGCGAAUUAUUCUCUCAAUCUAUAAUCAAACUAACCAAUACGAAAAAUGAAGUUAUUUUGGAGGAAAAUAGUUCUUUUCCUGCAUAUGGCAAUCUUUCAUAUGACACUGAUAACUAUGAAUUUGAUCUUAUUAAUGUACAGCAGUUGUUGGAUUUAUUUGUAACAAAAAAAGAUCAACUAUCGGCGCUAUAUGAAAGUGAUGAGUGGACUGUGGAAGCAGGACUUCCACAAUUUAUUGUAGGCUUUAUUGGCUACCCAAAUGUAGGAAAGAGUUCAAUUAUAAACAGCAUUUUAGGAGCAAAAAAGGUUUCUGUAUCUGAACAACCAGGCAAAACCAAACACUUUCAAACGAUACAAAUUGGGAUGCCCGGUGUGACCCUUUGUGAUUGUCCAGGUUUGAUAUUCCCCUCCGUAGUGUCUACAAAGUAUCACCUGCUUACCAAUGGAGUCGCGUCAAUUCAUCAGUUCAGGGGAAAAAUGGUGCCAGCAGUACAAAUAAUAUGCGAUCUAAUACCCACACAACUUUGCAAAAAGUUCAACAUACCCUUGCGAGAAGUCACAUCGCAAUUUUGUAAAUCAUCACAAUCUAAAUCUAAUAACAACAAUUUAGUCAGGUGCCGUGUAAAUGCUAGUCUACUUCUAGAGAAAUUGUGCGAAUUGCGCAAGUUUACAUCCGGCGGAAAGGGGGGGCAAUACGAUUUAAAUAGAGCCUCAAGACUCAUCCUAUCUAAUUACAUCUCCGGGCACUUGCUCUAUGCACACCUGCCGCCUGAUUACAACAAGCCGCGCAAUUGCUUGAUAUGUAAUGAAAUUAAGACUGGUUCCAAAAUUGGAGCGAAUGAAACAGUCAAUUGCGAUGAUUUUGACGAGUGGCUUAUUAGUGAAGGGAGGAAUUGCAUCGAAGUGGGCAACAUGACAAAGAGAAAAAUGCGUUUUUUGCGCAAAAAAGUCUUUAAAUCCAACUCCAAACCAGUUACAACUAUUGACAAUUAUUAA